AUGAUUACCUUGGUACCAUUAUUAUUACUGUUACUAUUGGAUGAACAUCUGCUAGCACAAAAAAAUAUCCCUGAUGAUAUACGUAAAAGGGUACGUGAAGCGCAUACAUUUGAUGAACUGCUAUCCGCCAUACAACUAACGUAUGCACCGCAUUUACUUGGAAAUAAAGACGAACCAACCUUCAAGGUUCACAAAGAAUUACAUCCUGCUGAAACACGAUCUUACACGAACAGGAUGCAGAAGACUAAGUUAUAUGGAGCUUCCGUACUUCAUCCAUCAAUCAUUACAAGAAAAUCCGAUUUUCGUCAAGAUAUCGACGUUAAUACAAAGAAAAGCUUAGAUAUACUAAGCAUGAUUCGACAAGGCACAGAUAUAUGUGAGUUGCAAAAAGGUUGCAUUCGUAUAUUACCGGAAAAUCCCGAUCCUGGAUUACUGAUAUUCCCAAAAUGCUAUGAAGUAACACAAUGUGUUGGAUCAUGUUGCGAAUUCACUGAACGCUGCCAUCCAACCAGUACUGAAUAUAUUCAACUGCCGAUAGUUGAAAUGCUUUAUUCCGGCAAUAAUCUGUUUGUAAUCAAUCAAACACGAAAUAUAACAAUCGAACAACAUACUGCUUGCAGUUGCCAAGAAUGCACUCAAUGCCCGCAGGAGAAAACUGUCGAUCCGAACUGCUACUGUGAAUGCAGAAACAGAGAAGAGAAAAAGAAUUGUCAAGGUCCAAACAAAGUCUGGAAUGACGAAACGUGUACCUGCAACUGUGUCACGAAGAACUGUUAUGGUAGAAGUGUUUUGGAUGCACAUACAGGCUUACGCUAUCAUCCAGCAAAUAAUCAAAGUUAUGGAAAACCAGGCACAUAUGGAACCGUUUUUAAGGCCAAGAAUUGUGAUACUCAAGAGAUUGUAGCAAUGAAAUGUGUGCGUUUGGAUGAUGACGAUGAGGGUGUCCCUAGUUCGGCAUUACGCGAAAUAUGUUUGCUGAAAGAACUCAAACAUGAGAAUAUCGUGAGGCUGUAUGAUGUUGUCCAUAGUGAGCGUAAGCUUACUUUAGUUUUUGAAUAUUGUGAUCAAGAUUUAAAAAAGUAUUUCGAUUCGUGCAAUGGUGAAAUAGAUCAACAGAUAGUAAAAUCACUUAUGCACCAAUUAUUAUGUGGAUUAGCUUUUUGUCAUUCACAUAAUGUGCUUCAUCGUGAUCUAAAACCCCAGAAUUUAUUGAUAAAUACUAAUAUGCAGUUGAAAUUGGCAGAUUUCGGAUUGGCACGGGCAUUUGGCAUACCUGUGAGAUGCUAUAGCGCCGAGGUUGUCACAUUAUGGUAUCGACCUCCUGAUGUCCUCUUCGGUGCAAAACUUUACAACACUUCAAUCGAUAUGUGGUCUGCUGGAUGCAUUUUUGCUGAAAUUUCGAAUGCGGGAAGGCCACUUUUCCCAGGUGCUGAUGUUGAUGAUCAACUGAAGAGGAUUUUCAAAAUGCUUGGUACUCCGACGGAUGCCACAUGGCCAGGUCUAUCGCAGCUUCCGGAGUUCAAGCCGAUGCCCCUAUAUCAUCGUUCUCUUACAAUUGGACAAGUGGUACCCAAUCUUCCCGCUCGUGGACGCGACUUGCUUCAGCAGCUCCUGAUUUGUAAUCCAUCUCAUCGUAUUGAUGCCGAAGUAGCGUUACGCCAUGAAUACUUCAGCGAUAUUACAAACUGCUAA